AUGUCAGGUUUAGCUGUCCAAGAUCUUUCUAAGCUAAAGGUCGAGGAGCUUACACCGCUGACCCCGGAGGUGAUUUCCCGGCAAGCCACGGUAAACAUCGGAACGAUCGGGCACGUCGCACACGGCAAGUCGACACUCGUGCGCUCCAUUUCCGGUGUGCAGACAGUUCGUUUCCGCAAUGAACUUGAGCGCAACAUCACUAUAAAGCUUGGGUAUGCUAAUGCGAAGCUUUACCGCUGCGAGCGGCCCGAGUGUCCGCGACCUUACUGCUAUCGAGCGUUCCCAUCGGACGCACCGGACUCGUUACCGUGCGAGGUACCGGGCUGCGGACAGCGACUACGGUUGGAGCGUCACGUGAGUUUUGUCGACUGUCCAGGCCAUGAUAUUCUCAUGGCCACGAUGCUGAACGGAGCUGCAGUUAUGGAUGCGGCGCUGCUGAUCAUCGCUGGGAACGAGAGCUGUCCGCAGCCGCAGACCUCCGAGCAUCUCGCCGCCGUGGAGGUCAUGCAGCUCCGAAGUAUCAUCGUCUGCCAAAAUAAAAUCGACUUAGUGGACGAAUCUGCAGCACGCACACAAUAUGAGCAGAUCAAGAACUUCAUCCGGGGAACUGUUGCUGAGCAGGCUCCAAUCGUGCCGAUCUCCGCCCAGUUGCGAUACAACGUCGAUGUCGUCGUCGAAUACCUCAUUAAACAUGUGCCCGUUCCACGGCGGGAUUUUGUAUCGCCUCCGCGGAUGAUUAUUAUUCGGAGUUUUGACGUGAACAAACCGGGCGAAGACGUAGAGAAUCUACGCGGUGGUGUUGCCGGCGGCUCGAUCAUGCAAGGCGUGCUGCGAGUCGGAGAUCUUAUCGAGAUUCGACCGGGGAUCACCAUCAAGGACGCAGAAGGAAACUUCAAGUGCCAGCCGAUUAUCUCGAAAAUUGUUUCGAUGCACGCCGAGCGCAACGAGUUGCAAUACGCGGUUCCGGGCGGACUCAUAGGAGUGGGUACCAAGAUUGACCCGACGCUUACCCGAGGUGAUCGCCUUGUUGGCCAAGUGCUUGGUGCAGUCGGCACGUUACCCCCGGUUUUCACGGAAAUUGAGAUUAACUUUUUCCUGCUCAGACGGUUGUUGGGCGUUAAAACCGAGGGCGCUGAUGGAGCACGCGUAAGCAAGCUAACCAAAGACGAGAUCCUCAUGGUGAACAUUGGCUCAACAUCUACUGGUGGUCGGGUGCUGGCUACAAAGCGCGAUCUCGCAAAACUGCGUUUGACGUCUCCGGUUUGUACGGAGGAAGGCGAGAAAAUCGCUCUGAGUCGGCGUAUUGAGCGGCACUGGCGGCUGAUCGGCUGGGGUGUCAUCCGACGGGGCACCAAAUUGGAUCUCUAG